CCAUGUUGCUGCAUUGUUGUCAGUUUUCAAAUGAAAUUGGUAUAAAAUUAACAUCUGGAAUUAUAUUAUUGAUAUUUGAAGCUUGUAAUGAAAAGGUACAGUAUGGAAUGUAGAGGUGACACAGCCAUCAGGAAGAGCCGUAUCCAAUAGAACCGUCAGCAUCUCUCUUAAAACAGACUGUUGUUGAGCUUCAGUUCAGUUCACUGCAGUUAAAGUAAUCAUACAUGUAGAUUCAGAUUGAUUUUCAAUACGGUUGGAUUUUAUGCAUAAUCCCUGAGAUGGAAAGUAGCUCAAACUAACCCUUGAAAAUGAUAUAGUGUAGAUAAUGACAUAUUUAACAAAAGUAGGCUACUGGAGAUUCAGAUUGCGGGAUUUAGUACCUUAGAAAUUACCACUAAGGUGCUGCUCAUAUUGUUUUUGUAUCAAUUACAUUCUUUCUUCACGGUCACCUCGAUGUGCUCAGCCAAACAUUUUCAGUAUACUCUGUAGCGACUAGUGCGUAUCCUAUGACUUUGGUAAUUGUAAUGUUGGGGACAGUAUUUGUACCCCUCGUGGCUUGCCGUACUUCGGGUUUGUUUUCUUCCGGUUUCGCGGCUUAAACGAAAAGGUAACGUAGUAAGUGAAGACAUGUUUCGCUGAACAGCAAACCAACAAAUCGUAUCGACGCUGCAUUGGAUCGACUUAAUGGACCCAUUUUAAUCAGCCCCGCUUUGUGUAAUUAUAACACAAUUCAGGUGCGACAUCAGGGCUUACUCGACCGUGAAAAAACGCCGUAUUCGUCUCGAAGAAUGUCGAUAACUAAUGUUGACGUUCGCUAACUUAAGUAUAACGGUGCCACGUGGAGGCGUUUGUAGGCUACUGUAAAUUAAGCCUAAUUUAAUAUUCCCUAAAGAACUCUGCUGGAAACAUGACAGAAGCAGACAUUAUCAAAGGAGUUAAGUUACCACAAGAGGAGGGGUCCGUGGAACUCAUCAGAACUUCACCACACCAGCAUUUGGAGGCUGAGGGAUUCUCAGGUUGCCCCAUCAUUGUGCCCAGUUCUCCUCAGGGUUCCAACACGAAAGAUGUAUCCAAAGACUUAAACAAUGUAUCUGCACCUCCUCAACCGGCUUCAGGUCUCUCGCUGGCAUCAGCUGAUCCGCGUAAACGUAAGUCUAGCGAAUCUGAAAACGGCGAGAAUGGCCAAAGACCAGUUACGGGAAGGAAUAGUCUGCCAGUGAUGAACUCCUCAUAUGGGACAGACAGACGAAAAGUCCCUCCUGACAACCGUAAACAGAAGCAGCAACCAUUGAAGAAGAAAAGGUUUGAAUUCGGAAAUUACAGCCAGUAUUACGGUUACCGGAACUUAGGUCUAAAUGAUGACCCACGCUUGAGGGCUUUAAAACGUGAGUGGUUCCAGGGCGAAACAGUUCUUGACAUAGGCUGCAACGCCGGUCUUGUAACAUUGUUUAUCGCAAAGCAUUGGAGGCCUGAUAGAAUAGUGGGAAUGGACAUUGAUAGUGGUUUGAUUUACAAUGCUAGGCAAAAUAUCAGGAAUUACCUUUCAGAUACACACGCCCAGGAGGGCAAGAGUACCAAUGUAAGUGCAGAAGCAGCUGGUGUAGAAGAGGUGUCUGGGAAUUCAUCGAAUGUACAAGUAAAGGAAGCUGAAAUUGAGAAUAACUCUGGGGUCCAUGAAGAUGGCCGGUCCACCCCACACAUGUCUGAAAGCCCCUCUGUUUCUGUGCCUCUUCCCCAUACACCCAGUAAGCCCCCUGGAACCUUCCCUGAGAAUGUGUGCUUUGUUAGAGGGAACUAUGUUCUGGAGAAUGACCAGCUCCUGGCCACCCAAAGGGAAGAAUAUAAUGUGAUCAUGUGUCUAAGUGUCACCAAGUGGAUUCACCUGAACUGGGGUGAUGCAGGGGUCAAGCGGCUCUUUCGUCGGGUUUACAAGCAUCUUCUGCCCGGAGGGCUCUUCAUUCUGGAGCCACAGCCUUGGAGCUCCUAUCUCAGGAGAAAGAAACUCACAGACACCACUUCGAAGAACUACACGAGCAUCCAGUUCAAGCCAGAUCAGUUUGCAUCAUACCUCACAUCUGAGGUGGGCUUCCGAAGCUAUGAGCUCGUCGGAACACCCAAGAGCUCAUCACAAGGCUUUGAGAGACCCAUCUAUGUUUUUCACAAAGAUCACACGCCUUCAAAACAAGUUGCAUGAUGUUUUUUCAAGUGUCUAUUUCAUGAUCAAGUGAGGAAGUUAAAAUGUUUACAUCCUAAAAGAUGUUUUUGUUUUGGGAAAUGGACACAACCUUGGUGCGUACCUUUGAACUGAAAUGACACUUUGAGGUUCAGAAAAGUGGACAGGACAGCUCUCAAAGGUGGUGAUGAGAAGCAGAUAUUCUUAGAUAUUGCACUUAAAUGAAUAAUUGCCUUCAAGCAUUGUAUAAGCAUUUUCUGUUAAACAUGUUUGUUAAACCCUGAAUGGGGAGUUUGUCGCACAUGUUUGUUUGGCCAAAAAUAAAAGUGUAGACAAUUAUUGUAAAUUAACAAAUAUUGUAAAUGAACCUAAUGACCUAAUGAUGAAUAAAAACAUCUCUUGUUAGUACUUGUCAUUUUUACCAGUUUAUUUAACUGGUUUGUCACAACAUAAAAGAAGUGCAACAUCUAUUUAGGUAGUUAAGUCUGUUACCAGAGGGUACAUCAGAUCAUCAAACUAACUGGCUUGCUUGGUGCCUGCUUAGGCCAAGGAAAUUAUGCAAAUAAAGUCUGAAUUAAAAAAUCA